CAAACGUCAAGCUGUCAGAUUUGAUCAAUUCUAGAAACGUCGAAUCUUCAUUUUCCUCCGAUCCGAGGUAGAACCGCAGAUAAAAAAAAGGGAAAUAGCAACGCAGAGACUAAAUUUGGACCGCACUGCUUUAUUUGGUGCAAUUCUAUUGAUCUCUCCGUAACCGUAACAAAGUAUUUUCGGUGUUUAGCCUGUUUAGCCUGUUGGAAAGCGAACGCAACAUCAUCGUCAGGCAAGAAAGAUGUCGGAAAGCGACUGGGACACGGUGACCGUAUUGCGUAAAAAGGCACCGAAAGCGGCCACAUUAAAGACUGAAUCUGCCAUCAAUAAGGCACGUCGUCAGGGCAUACCGGUUGAAACGACACAGAAGUUCAACGCUGGAACCAACAAACAGCAUGUAGCGGCUAAAAAUACAGCCAAACUGGAUCGCGAAACCGACGAACUGCGUCACAAAACGGUUGCACCGUCCGUGGCCAAGCUCAUCAUGCAAGGCCGACAGGCAAAAGGACUGAGCCAGAAGGAUCUCGCUACGCAAAUUUGUGAAAAGCCACAAAUCGUUAACGAUUACGAGGCGGGUCGUGGCAUUCCAAACAAUUUGAUACUCGGCAAAAUCGAGCGUGUCAUCGGCAUAAAGCUGCGUGGCAAAGAAAUCGGCACACCGUUGGUGCCUCCCGGUAAGAAGUGAGAUGUCGGGAGGCAGUAAAAUUGCUCGUCUGCCGCGCGUGGUUCUUCUCAGUGCAUGAUGUACAGCAUGAAUACGGCGGGAGAGGUCACAUUUGAUAAUUUGUAAUGUUUAAGAGUUCGUGAAGUGGAGUCACCCCAUCUUUGCGACACCAGUACUGCAGGGAGACGUGCGAACCGACCGGUAAUCGAACCGGUCACGUCAGUCGAUAACUUACGGUGUGAAAGAGAGCAACAUCCGUACCGUAUGGCGCAACAUUCGAAAAUAAUACAUUGAUACCACAGCAUGCUGUUCCCCCGUUGCUCCAUCGCGUAUGGAGCGUGGUAAGAGCAAACGCAUUCUAUUUCCAUAACAAAAAGAACAGGAAAUAACAUACAUUUAAAGCAGCAUUUCAGAAGUAGUAUGCACGAUGGUUAACUAGCCUUUGCGGUGUGUAUGUUUAAAUGUCGCCAUUACACUCCUAAUACAUGGAUGUUACAUCUUUUCCACAUUUACAUGCAAGCAAAAUUUAAUUGGUACAAAUUUCUGCAGUUCAGGCAAUUGUGUUUUUAUAGAAUAAAAUGUCAUUCGGUGUUUUGUUAA